CCCCGGCAUGAGCCGCGCCCCAGCCCGCGGGGGGACAGCGCUGCCUAUUUUGGGGUGAGGACACCCCGAAACAAGCCCCGGGCUUGCAGGACAAGGUGACCGAGAGACCCCGGAGGGAGCGGGGGGGCACCGGAGCAUCAUGGCACACCCCAUCUCAGCCUUCCAGGCUGCCUACAUCUCCAUCGAAGUGCUCAUCGCCCUGGUGUCCGUGCCGGGCAAUAUCCUGGUCAUCUGGGCUGUGAAGAUGAACCAGGCGCUGCGAGACGCCACUUUCUGCUUCAUCGUGUCGCUGGCGGUGGCCGACGUGGCCGUGGGGGCUCUGGUCAUCCCUCUGGCCAUCAUCAUCAACAUCGGCCCCCAGACGGAGUUUUACAGCUGCCUCAUGGUGGCGUGUCCCGUCCUCAUCCUCACCGAGAGCUCCAUCCUGGCGCUCCUGGCCAUCGCCGUGGAUCGGUACCUGCGGGUGAAGAUCCCUGUCAGGUACAAGAGCGUGGUGACGCCCCGGCGGGCAGCCGUGGCCAUUGCCUGCUGCUGGAUCGUGUCCUUCCUGGUGGGACUCACCCCCAUGUUCGGCUGGAACAACCUGAGCAAGAUGAGGAGGACUCAGGAGCCCAACGGCAGCCAGGAGUUCAUCAUCACAUGCCAGUUCGAGACGGUGAUCAGCAUGGAAUACAUGGUCUACUUCAACUUCUUCGUGUGGGUCCUUCCCCCCUUGCUCCUCAUGCUGCUCAUCUACCUGGAGGUCUUCAACCUCAUCCGCAAGCAGCUCAACAAGAAGGUCUCCUCCAGCUCCAACGACCCCCAGAAGUACUACGGGAAGGAGCUGAAGAUCGCCAAGUCCCUGGCGCUGGUCCUGUUCCUCUUCGCCCUCAGCUGGCUGCCCCUGCACGUCCUCAACUGCAUCACCCUGUUCUGCCCGUCCUGCCAGACCCCCCACAUCCUCACCUACAUCGCCAUCUUCCUCACCCACGGCAACUCGGCCAUGAACCCCAUCGUCUACGCCUUCCGCAUCAAGAAGUUCCGGACAGCCUUCCUGCAGAUCUGGAACCAGUACUUCUGCUGCAAAUCCGCCAAAAACGCCCCCGGCAGCACCACCGAGGCCGAGCAGGGCAAUUAGGGACAGGGGAGGGCAGGGAGGGGGGUCUGUGCCCACCCCGGCCCCACUGGGUAAUUAGGGACGGGGGGAGGGCACCCGUCUGUGCCCACCCCGGAUGCUGCUCCUGCCAUUGGGAGAAGGGAGCGAGGACCUGGAGGGGUCGGGCAGCCCCGAGCAGUCCCAGCAGUCAUGUCCCCCCCCGGGGGGGUUAUUUAUUCACUGUUUGGAUGUUGUAGCCCUGCACUGUUCCUUUCUGGGUUCGUUUUCGGGUUUUCUCCCCCGUUUGUUUUUGUUUUUCAUUUUUUUUUAAGGGUUGCCAAGUAUUUAAGGAGAAGUUGUACAGACAGAGGCGCAGUUUUUCUUCCUGCAAAUAAAGACCUGUGACCCAAACCAGGCAGGAGGUGCCCACCCAUUGAUGGAGACCCCCAGCUCUGUCUGGGGGAUGUGGGGGCACCUCAUGCUCCGACCCCCCCAUCCACAGACCCACCUGGGCACUGGGAAGAAGGGAGUGAAGCUGCUGAAUCCCCGGGAAGUGGGAUGGGAUUGCUGGAGAGCUGAAGCUCUUCAAGGCCUUUCUUCCCCCUCCACAAGGGAGGGGUGAGCUGGGCACAGGCACAGUGAGGGGUGGGAAAAGGCAUCCCAUGGCUGUGGGAACCACAGAGCACAGGGUCGGUGCCCAGCUCUCAGUGCCACCAGAGAUGUGGGCAGGGGGGCAGUGACACCCUCGGGCACAACCCCAGAGGACUCUGCAGAAGCACCUUUUGCAGCCCCAGUGGCUCCCUCUGGACCCCAACAGCACCCACCACCCCACGAGCUGCACCCAGGGACUGUGACUUCUCCACGUGUCUCCUUCCAUUUCCUUCGGUUUUGGGUCCUUUUCCCUCUUUUCUCCCCCAUGUCUCCUGUGAAAAGCAGCAGCAAACCUC